CGCACUGCGCAGUCUGGGUUAUUACAGUUGUGACAUGCGCGCUCUGCUGGAUUGUGCGUUAUUGCUGGUGGUGGCAGCAGUGGUGGGGGCGCAGUACGAUGGGUUCGACAGCGCCCCGGCGCCUCCCCGGCUCUUGAUCCCGGGCGCCGUGCCUCUAGGGCCCGCCCCUGGCCCCGGCCCCGCCAGACGCGUGGGCCGUCCCCAGGGCCGUAGACAGCAGGUCCAGGCCGAGCCCGAGCCCAGGCUGAGGUCCAGGCCCCCGGGUCGCUCCAGCAGACUACCCCUGGCACCCGCCCCCAUAGCUCCCUCUGCGCCCCAGUUCUACUCGCCACCCCCGCCCUCCCCCGCCAUUCAGCAGAGACCCCUGCUGCAGCUGGAGGACAUCCCUCCACGGCCCGUCAUCGAGGAUGCGGAGGACGACUACGAGGAGGAAUCUCCCUCCUUCACAUCCUUCUCACCCGCCCCCGUAGCACCCACCACCACACCUCCUCCACCUCCCCCACCACAGAGACCCGCGCCCUCCUUCCGCCCCGACAGACCACCUGUCUUCCGCCCUGAACGUCCUGCCCUCCUGCCGACUCCUGCUCCUGAGCUCAACUUUGUGUCCCCCUCGAGACAGCAGCUGAGACCCUCUGCGCUGCCUGAGGACGGCGAUAUUCCGAGGAAAUCUCAGUACAACAGAGUCGACCAACUGUACCCACAGAGGAAUAAAGUGAGACCCACACAAGCCCCAGAAGAGCAGCAGUACACGAGACAGUCGCAGUCGCAGUCGCAGUACAACCGCGCCCAGGCCGUGGUCAGGGCACCCCAGAAGCCGGUCUACUCCAGCGGCAAGCUCCAGGACGAGGAGAAGCCCCUCAGGCAGUACCAGAGGCCUAGGAAGCCCGUGGCUCAGGUCCUGCGGAGGUACAGGGAGGACAACCCCGACGGCAGCAUCACGUGGGGGUUCGAGAACGACGACGGGUCGUACAAGGAGGAGACGAUCGGCACGGACUGUGUGACGUACGGCAAGUACGGGUACGUGGACCCCGACGGCACUCGGCGGGAGUACACGUACAACACGGGGAUACCCUGCGACAAGGAGAAGGACAGUCAGGAGCAAGGCAGCGAGGGAUACAUCGACUACGCGGAGAACAAGUACGUGUUGCCCAACGGAGACAGCAUCGACCUCAACAAGAUGGUGAAGAACAGAGCGCGUAAGCCCAUCUCUCCCCAGCAGUACAGGAACUGAGUGUCGGGCAUCACAUGAGUACAGGAACUGAGUGUCUGUCAUCACACAUGAGAGUCUAUAUCAGUGAAAUGUGAACCAUGCUGUUCAGCAGUGACGGGAACAUCGAUGUGACGGUCGAAAAGUUAAGUUAGGAACUCAACUAAAGAUUUCUAAUCUUAUAUUCCACCUCGGGAGGAAUACAAAUUAAAUAAAGGUGCUUUCAUCAGUUAGCUACAAAACAUUUUUGGGAGCCCGGGCAGCAGAACCCUUACUGGAUAUUACAAUUUUGAAACGUACACUGUUAUACAAUUUUUAAUGUUAUUUUACCGUAGUUUAUCAAUAUGAAAUAAGUACGCACAACUGUUUCUAAGAGUAAAAAUGUAUCUGAAAUAGUGUAGCUUAAAACAAUUAUUUAUUUCGUAAAAUAUUUUCUGCACAAGUCGUAAAGUCUUAACAUAUUAUUAUUUAUAAUUUUAGUAGUAAAUUUCGAAUAUUGUACUAUCUUAUAUUCUUAAAAAAGUAAGUAAAUUAAAAGUGUGAUAAAUUAACAAAUAUGUUGUGACAUACAUCAUAUAUUAUUUUAAGAGGUAUUUCAUCAGCCAUACUGUACUUUAUUACUUGUACACAAAUAAAUGUAGCUUCCGCUGUUUUUUAUACACUGUUA